AUGGCCCGGGAGCCGGGCCUCGCGCUGCCGUCGCUCCCGCUGCCGCUGCUGCUGUUGCUGCUCCUGGCGGCGGCGACCGGCCCUGCGGCCGCGCAGGACAACUGCACGUGCGCCACCAAUAAGAUGACCCUGUGCCGCGCGGACGGCCCCGGCGGCCGCUGCCAGUGCCGCGCGCUGGGCUCGGGCUUCCCGGUGGACUGCUCCACGCUGACUUCCAAGUGCCUGCUGCUCAAGGCGCGCAUGAGCACCCCCAAGAGCGGCCGCGCGCUCGUGCGGCCCAGCGAGCACGCGCUCGUGGACAACGACGGCCUGUACGACCCCGACUGCGACCACGAGGGCCGCUUCAAGGCCCGCCAGUGCAACCAGACGUCGGUGUGCUGGUGCGUGAACUCGGUGGGCGUGCGCCGCACGGACAAGGGCGACCUGAGUCUGCGCUGCGACGAGCUGGUGCGCACCCACCACAUCCUCAUCGACUUGCGCCACCGCCCGGCCGCCCGCGCCUUCAACCAUUCGGACCUGGACGCCGAGCUGCGGCGGCUCUUCCGUGAGCGCUACAGGCUGCACCCCAGGUUCGUGGCGGCCGUGCACUACGAGCGGCCCACCAUCCAGAUCGAGCUCCGGCAGAACGCGUCCGAGAAGGCCCCCGGCGACGUGGACAUCGCCGACGCCGCCUACUACUUCGAGAGAGACGUCAAGGGCGAAUCGCUGUUCCCGGGUCGCGGCGGCCUCGACGUGCGCGUGCGCGGCGAGCCCCUCCUAGUGGAGAGGACGCUCAUCUACUACCUGGACGAGAAGCCCCCAGAGUUCUCCAUGAAGCGCCUCACGGCCGGCCUCAUCGCCGUCAUCGUGGUGGUCGUGGUGGCCCUCGUCGCCGGCGUGGCCGUCCUGGUGAUCACCAACCGGAGGAAGUCGGGGAAGUACAAGAAGGUGGAGGUCAAAGAACUGGGGGAGUUGAGAAAGGAACCGAGCUUGUAG